AUGCCUAGUGAUUUCUUCAAUUAUGGUCCUCUAGAUUGGAGACUAAACUGUUCUUUUAUUACUCUCAUCUCAAAGAAAGAAGACUCUUGCACUCCUAAAGAUUUUAGGCUUUUGAACUUAAUAGAAAGUGCAUAUAAAAUAAUUUCUAAGCUUCUUGCAGAAAGGUUAAAAUCUGUCAUGCCAAUUUUGAUUUCUGAUUUCCAAGGGGCUUUCAUUAGUGAUAAACAGAUUUUGGAUGGUGCUUUCAUUGCUAAUGAGGGUGUGAAUAAUAUUUUGAAGUAUAAAAAGCCUGGUUCCGCUGAAAGAUUCAAACCAACUAAAGGCUUAAGGAAAGGUGAUUCUAUCUCUUCCUAUCUCUUUUUGUUGGUGGUGGAAAUUUUGUCCAUGCUGAUGAAUUAUGCGGUAGAAACAGGCCAAAUUCAUGGCUUUGAAGUGGCUGAAACUGGUAAUGUGAUCUCUCACUUACAAUUUGCAGAUGACAUUCUCAUUUUUCUAGAUGCAACCUCUGAUGAAGUCACUAAAAUAUUUAUAAUUCUCUUUAUUUUUGAAACUCUUACUGGAAUGAAGUUAAAGUUGGAGAUAAGUGUAGGUGUUGAUGAGGUGGUGGAAGUUCUGGCUAAGGAGUUAGGUUAUAAGACUGAGAAGUUGCCAAUCAAGUAUCUUGAUCUGCCUAUUGGGGCUAGCUCUAGAAACACUUCUGUUUGGGACUAUGUAUUGGAAAGGAUGGAGAUGAAGCUAGCUACUUGGAAAAGAAAAUAUUUGAACAAAGCAGGAAGAUUAGUUUUAAUCAAAAAUUAUCUCUCAAGUUUACCAAUUUAUUUUCUCUCUUUAUUCCAUCUUCCUGUGAUUGUGGAGAAGAAAAUGAUUGCACUAAUGAGGAAUUUCCUAUGGGGUUAUGUUUAA